AUGCCGACAUCCAUUCCCUACGAUCCUAGCCUCACACUGAUGAGCGUCGUCGACGAAGCUGUGCUUCAGAAUUUCCAAGACAUUGCAAAACUACAAACGCCCAUCGAUGCUGCCCAGGAUAGUCUCAAUUCUCUCAUCUCUUCCAAGAGAAGCCUGACCAUGACCAAAACGGAGCUUAAAAACCUUCGGGUCGGAACGGACGCUCUAGACUCUGAGCUGGAAAAGCUGAACCCGGCUGCUGACAAUGCAGCGGCUGAUUAUACAAUUGCCAAGAUGGCCGCUGAGCCUCAGACCAUGUAA